AUGGCUGCAUCCACCUUGUCUGUCUGCUCCAGCAACCUGAGCUAUGACAGCUGCGCCUGCCUGCCUGGUUCUAGUGACUCUUGCACCAGCUCCUCCUGGCAGGUGGACGACUGUCCAGAGAGCUGCUGUGAGCCCUCCUGCUGUGCCCCCAGCGGCGGCCAGUCCACCUGCUGUGCCCCCACCUGCUGCAUGCCUGUCUGCUGCAAGCCCAUGUGCUGUGUGCCCGUCUGCUCUGGGGCUGCCCCCUGGUGCUGCCAGCCCACCCCCUGCCCCUCGUCCUGCUGCAGACCCUCCUCCUGCAUGUCCGUCAUCUGCCGCCCCGUGUGCAGGCCUGCCUGCUGCAUGCCCGUCUCCUCCUGCUGUGCCCCCUCCUCCUGCCGGCCCAGCUGCUGCCGCCCGGCCUCCUGUGUGUCCGUCGUCUGCCGUCCCAUGUGCAGGCCUACCUGCUGCAUGCCCGUCUCCUCCUGUUGUGGCCCCACCUACUCCUGCCAGCCCAGCUGCUACCGCCCAGCCUCCUGCAUGUCCGUCGUCUGCCGCCCCGUGUGCAGGCCUGCCUGCUGCAUGCCCGUCUCCUCCUGCUGUGCCCCCUCCUCCUGA